UUAUGUCUGUCCAUCACUGAUUUCCACCCAGACACGUGGAACCCAGCCUGGUCCGUCUCCACCAUCCUGACGGGUCUGCUCAGCUUCAUGGUGGAGAAAGGCCCUACUCUGGGUAGUAUCGAGACCUCCGACUACACCGUGAGUUCAUACUGACGAUGUUAUUCUAUGCGUGUUGUGUCAGUUGAUUAGACAUGGUUAUGGAUGCAAGGGAUCCAUCAAUGAGAUCAAAAUGAUUUUUAACCAUGUUUUGAAGCUAUACAGUGUUGUAAUACAAUUACAUUGUUUACAAGCAUUGGAGGAAAAACGAGCUUAUAUUUAGGGUUUUGAUGGAGUACGACAGUGGAACUAGGCUCAUUAAGCGUUUACAGUACAAGUUAUAUUCUUCAAGAAUCAACGGCUAUAUGUAAUUAAUUUAAAAGUAAAAAAACUAGAUGUAGCAAUGGUAUUGUCCCUUUUAAUAUUAGACCAAUUAGAGUCCUGCUUUAUUACAUUCAGCUUGUAAAGGCUUCAUAAAGCCUUCAUAAGCACUACAUAAAUGUGUUACAAAGCAUCUAUAACCAUGUGUCAUGGUUUAUAAAUGUGGCAUAACUGUGACAUAAUCACUAAUGUCAUGUGACGUAACCCCACUAUGUCGAAUAUGAUAUAAACGUGCUUUAUAAAGGGUGACGUGUUGUGCUGAAGGAUGGCACACGCUCUAUUUGUCACAUUACACCUAUUCUCGUCCCCAGACACUUCCGCCGAAAUGCGCGGAUGGUCUGGUGGAGAGUACUGAACAAUUAGUGCUUUUUGAGGUCGGUUUGAUUAUUGAAAGAUAAUCACGGUUUUCGGUUUCGAUUUAUUUUUUUGCAUUAAAUGCAUUGUGUAGGUUGAAUACUAUAACAACACAGAAUUUAAAAAAACAACUAAAUGGAAUUCAAAUAAUUGAACCAACGUCGGUCAUAAUACGAGCCAUACCGUGGGGUGCUGGGUCCAGUCAGGUCUUUGACAACAAUAUACAGUUGAAGUCGUACGUUUACAUACACCUUAGCCAAAUACAUUUAAACUCAGUUUUUCACAAUUCCUGACAUUUAAUCCUAGUACAAAUCCCUGUCUUAGGUCAGUUAGGAUCACCACUUUAUUUUAAGAAUGUGAAAUGUCAGAAUAAUAGUAAAGAGAAUGAUUUAUUUCAGCUUUUAUUUAUUUCAUCACAUUCCCAGUGGGUCAGAAGUUUACGUACACUCAAUUGGUAUUUGGUAGCAUUGCCUUUAAAUUGUUAAACUUGGGUCAAAUGUUUCGGGUAGCCUUCCACAAGCUCCCCACAAUAAGUUGGGUGAAUUUUGGCCCAUUCCUCCUGACAGAGCUGGUGUAACUAAGUCAGGUUUGUAGGCCUCCUUGCUCGCAUACGCUUUUUCAGUUCUGCCCACACAUUUCUAUAGGAUUGAGGUCAGGGCUUUGUGAUGGCCACUCCAAUACCUUGACUUUGUUGUCCUUAAGCCAUUUUGCCACAACUUUGGAAGUAUGCUUGGGGUCAUUGUCCACUUGGAAGACCCAUUUGCCACCAGGCUUUAACUUCCUGACUGAUGUCUUGAGAUGUUGCUUCAAUAUAUCCACAUAAUUUUCCUUCCUCAUGAUGCCAUCUAUUUUGUGAAGUGCAACAGUCCCUCCUGCAGCAAAGCACCCCCACAGCAUGAUACUGCCACCCCCGUGCUUCACGGUUGGGAUGGUGUUCUUCGGCUUGCAACACCCCCUUUUUCCUCCAAACAUAACGAUGGUCAUUAUGGCCAAACAGUUCUAUUUUUGUUUCAUCAGACCAGUGGACAUUUCUCCAAAAAGUACAAUCUUUGUCCCCAUGUGCAGUUGCAAACCGUAGUCUGGCUUUUUUAUGGUGGUUUUGGAGCAGUGGCUUCUUCCUUGCUGAGCGGCCUUUCAGGUUAUGUCGAUAUAGGAGUCGUUUUACUGUGGAUAUAGAUACUUUUGUACCUGUUUCCUCCAGCAUCUUCACAAGGUCCUUUGCUGUUGUUCUGGGAUUGAUUUGCACUUUUCGUACCAAAGUACAUUCAUCUUUAGGAAACAGAACGCGUCUCCUUCCUAAGCGGUAUGACGGCUGCGUGGUCCCAUGGUGUUUAUACUUGCGUACUAUUUUUUUGUACAGAUGAACGUGGUACCUUCAGGCGUUUGGAAAUUGCUCCCAAGGAUGAACCAGACUUGUGGCGGUCUACAAAUUUUUUUCGGAGGUCUUGGCUGAUUUCUUUUGAUUUUCCCAUGAUGUCAAGCAAAGAGGCACUGAGUUUGAAGGUAGGCCUUGAAAUACAUCCACAGGUACACCUCCAAUUGACUAAAAUGAUGUCAAUUAGCCUAUCAGAAGCUUCUAAAGCCAUGACAUCAUUUUCUGGAAUUUUCCAAGUUGUUUAAAGGCACAGUCAACUUAGUGUAUGUAAACUUCUGACCCACUGGAAUUGUGAAUUAUAAGUGAAAUAAUCUGUCUGUAAACAAUUGUUGGAAAAAUGACUUGUCAUGCACAAAGUAGAUGUCCUAACCGACUUGCCAAAACUAUAGUUUGUUAACAAGAAAUUUGUGGAAUGGUUGAAAAACAAGUUUUAAUGACUCCAACCUAAGUGUAUGUAAACUUCCGACUUCAACUGUAACAAGCCAUACGGUGGAGUCAUAGGGUCCACUCCUAUUUGCCAUAUCUUCAAUCUAAGACUACUAUAAAGUGUGUGCCCUCAGGCCUGUAGGGAAGCAAAAGUAAUUCCGCUACCCAAGAAUAGUAAAGCCCCCUUUACUGGCUCAAAUAUACUACCAAUCAGCCUGUUACCAACCCUUUUGGAAAACUUUUGGAAGAAAUUGUGUUUGACCAGAUACAAUGCUAUUUUACUGUAAACAAAUUGUCAACAGACCUUCAGCACGCUUAUAGGGAAGGACAUUCAACAAGCACGGCACUUACAAAAAUGAUUGAUGAUUGGCUGAUAGAAAUUGAUGAUCAAAAGAUUGUGGGGGCUGUUUUGUUAGACUUCUGUGCGGCUUUUGACAUUAUCGAUCAUAGUCUGCUGCUGGAAAAACCUACACUACCGGUCAGAAGUUUGGGGUCACUUAGAAAUGUCCUUGUUUUCCAUGAAAACAUACAUGAAAUGAGUUUGAAAAGGAAAUAUAGCAAAAUGCAUAGGAAAUGUAGUCAUUGACAAGCUUAGAAAUAAUGAUUUUUAAUUGAAAUAAUAAUUGUGUCCUUCAAACUUUGCUUUCGUCAAAGAAUCCUCCGUUUGCAGCAAUUACAGCCUUGCAGACCUUUGGCAUUCUAGUUGUCAAUUUGUUGAGGUAAUCUGAAGAGAUUUCACCCCAUGCUUCCUGAAGCACCUCCCACAAGUUGGAUUGGCUUGAUGGGCACUUCUUACUUACCAUACGGUCAAGCUGCUCCCACAACAGCUCAAUAGGGUUGCGAUCCGGUGACUGUGCUGGCCACUCCAUUAUAGACAGAAUACCAGCUGACUGCUUCUUCCAUAAAUAGUUAUUGCAUAGUUUGGAGCUGUGCUUUGGGUCAUUGUCCUGUUGUAGGCGUAAAUUGGCUCCAAUCGAGCGCCUUCCACAGGGUAUGGCAUGGCGUUGCAAAGUGGAGUGAUAGCCUUCCUUCUUCAAGAUCCCUUUUACCCUGUACAAAUCUCCCACUUUACCACCACCAAAGCACCCCCAGACCAUCACAUUGCCUCCACCAUGCUUGACAGAUGGCAUCAAGCACUCCUCCAGCAUCUUUUCAUUUGGUCUGCGUCUCACAAAUGUUCUUCUUUGUGAUCCGAACACCUCAAACUUUGAUUCGUCUGUCCAUAACACUUUUUUCCAAUCUUCCUCUAUCCAGUGUCUGUGUUCUUUUGCCCAUCUUAAUCUUUUCUUUUUAUUGGCCAGUCUGAGAUAUAGCUUUUUCUUUGCAACUCUGCCUAGGUCAGCAUCCCGGAGUCGCCUCUUCACUGUUGACAUUGAGACUGGUGUUUUGCGGGUACUAUUUAAUGAAGCUGCCAGUUGAGGACCUGUGAGGAGUCUGUUUCUCAAACUAGACACUCUAAUGUAUUUGUCCUCUUGCUCAGUUGUGCACUGGGGCCUCCCACUCCUCUUUCUAUUCUGGUUAGAGACAGUUUGCGCUGUUCUGUGAAGAGAGUAGUACACAGCGUUGUACGAGAUCUUCAGUUUCUUGGCAAUUUCUCGCAUGGAAUAGCCUUCAUUUCUCAGAACAAGAAUAGACUGACGAGUUUCAGAAGAAAAUUAUUUGUUUCUGACCAUUUUGAGGCUGUAAUCGAACCCACAAUUGCUGAUGCAAUUGAAAAGUGUUAUGAAAUGUAAUGUCAUGUAAUAUUUUAAAUUGUAUAUAACUGCCUUAAUGUUGCGAACACGUGUCCAAAGGAAAACAACAAGGAAGGCGAUGCGAGCGCCAGACAGGAAAUGUGCCAAAUCGUGCAAGACUGGGCAAAUGUCUGCAUACUUGAUCUGCUCCUGGAAGAGAGAAGUUUGUCCGGCCUCAGUAAAGCCUCAAACUGUCCGCAACACUGAAAUGGGCUACUUCUUCUAUGUGAAUUAAUGAGGCUGAACACACCUCAAUUCAAACUGUUGUUAGAAAAUGCAACUUGUUAGAAAAUACAUUUGAAAUUGACAAGUUGAAACAUAGCCUAUAGAUAAUUAGCAGGCAGCGCGCGUUAACUAUCCUGUUGCGUAACAAUCACAUUUUGGAACGGGGGGGGUGAAAUAAUUUCACUGGUAAACAAUCUGAGUGGCUGGUGGACCAAAAAGUUAAUUUUAGGCCUUGGUCCAGAGUCUGGGUCAUUAACCAUUACUCCGGCACCACCCUACCCCGUCUGAUCUCUCAGAUACAUGAGAAAUGUCAAGGCCCAACUUACUUACGGAAAUAUUCCAGUUUUCAGAAAGCAACCAUUUUUUAAAAAGGCUUGAUAUCAGUGCUGUUUUGAUAGUCUUAUGGGACUCACUGGGAAAAUAACCCAUCUGUUUAUAAGCCAUUUAUAAGCCUAAUAUUUUCACUAAUCGCUGAUUUUGCUGCUAGCUGCUUUGUUGAGGAGAAUGUUACUUACAAUUUUUUAAUGUAAAUGUAAUUUUGCUGCUAGCUGCUUUGUUGAGGAGAAUGUUACUUACAAUUUUUUAAUGUAAAUGUAAUUUUGCUGCUAGCUGCUUUGUUGAGGAAAAUGUUACUUACAAUUUUUAAAUGUAAUUUUGCUGCUAGCUGCUUUGUUGAUUGUGAUCUACCUUUUUUAAAGGGAUAGUUCAGGAUUUGUUCUACUUCCACAGAGUCAGAUGAGCUCAUGGAUCCCGUUUUUGUCUCUGCGUUCAGUUUGAAGGAAGUUGCCAACUAGCGUUAGCGCAAUUUCUAACUAGUGUUAGCACAAUGACUGGAAGUCUAUGGGAAUAGCUAGCAUACCAGCUGUUCCUGUAGUCUUCCAGUCAUUGCGAUAACGUCAGUUAGCAUUGGCUUGUGAAACUACCUCAAACUUCCUUCAUACUGGAUGCAGAGACAAAUAAAAAAUGUAUCCAUGAGUUUAUCUGCCUCUGGGGAAGUAGAUGAAAGUGCUUACUUGCCAAAAUCCUGAACUAUUCCUUUAAGAUGAAUGCACUAACUUUCAGUCACUCUGGAUGAGAUGUAAAUGUAAUUCAAAUUGUUGGUUCUUUUGGUUAUUGAUUGUUUUGUUGUUUAUUACCUCCAGAAACGACAGCUGUCAGCCCAGAGCUUGGCUUUCAACCUGAAGGAGAAGGUUUUCUGUGAACUGUUUCCUGAUGCUGUUGAUGUGAGUCUGCAUGGAAAUAAUUGACUAAAUACAGAUACUGUAAUAACAAACUAAAUACAGAUACUGUAAUAACAAACUAAAUACGGAUGCUGUAAUAACAAACUAAAUACAGACACUGUAAUAACAAACUAAAUACAGACACUGUAAUAACAAACUAAUACGGAUACUGUAAUAACAAACUAAAUACGAACUGUAAUAACAACUAAUACGAUACGUAAUAACAAACUAAAUACAGACACUGUAAUAACAAACUAAAUACAGACACUGUAAUAACAAACUAAAUACAGACACUGUAAUAACAAACUAAAUACGGAUACUGUAAUAACAAACUAAAUACGGAUACUGUAAUAACAAACUAAAUACAGAUACUGUAAUAACAAACUAAAUACAGAUACUGUAAUAACAAACUAAAUACAGACACUGUAAUAACAAACUAAAUACGGAUACUGUAAUAACAAACUAAAUACAGACACUGUAAUAACAAACUAAAUACGGAUACUGUAAUAACAAACUAAAUACAGACACUGUAAUAACAAACUAAAUACGAUACUGUAUAACAAACUAAAUACAGACACUGUAAUAACAAACUAAAUACGGAUACUGUAAUAACAAACUAAAUACAGACACUGUAGUAAAAACUAAAUACAGAUACUGUAGUAACAACUAAAUACAGACACUGUAUAACAAACUAAAUACGAACUGUAUAACAAACUAAAUACAGACAACUGUAUAACAAACUAAAUACAGAUACUGUAUAACAAACUAAAUACAGACACUGUAGUAACAAACUAAAUACAGAACUGUAAGUAACAAACUAAAUACAGACACUGUAUAACAAACUAAAUACAGAUACUGUAGUAACAAACUAAUAAUACAGACACUGUAGUAACAAACUAAAUACAGACUACUGUAAUAACAAACUAAAUACAGAACUGUAUAACAACUAAUCGACUUAAUAACAAACUAAAUACAGACACUGUAGUAACAAACUAAAUACAGACACUGUAGUAACAAACUAAAUACAGAUACUGUAAUAACAAACUAAAUACGGAUACUGUAAUAACAAACUAAAUACAGACACUGUAGUAACAAACUAAAUACAGACACUGUAGUAACAAACUAAAUACAGAUACUGUAGUAACAAACUAAAUACAGACACUGUAAUAACAAACUAAAUACAGAUAUUGUAGUAACAAACUAAAUACAGACACUGUAGUAACAAACUAAAUACAGAUACUGUAACAAACUAAAUACAGACACUGUAGUAACAAACUAAAUACAGACACUGUAAUAACAAACUAAAUACAGACACUGUAAUAACAAACUAAAUACGGAUACUGUAGUAACAAACUAAAUACGGAUACUGUAGUAACAAACUAAAUACAGACACUGUAAUAACAAACUAAAUACAGACACUGUAAUAACAAACUAAAUACAGACACUGUAAUAACAAACUAAAUACAGACACUGUAAUAACAAACUAAAUACAGACACUGUAAUAACAAACUAAAUACGGACACUGUAAUAACAAACUAAAUACGGAUACUGUAAUAACAAACUAAAUACAGACACUGUAAUAACAAACUAAAUACGGAUACUGUAAUAACAAACUAAAUACAGACACUGUAGUAACAAACUAAAUACAGACACUGUAGUAACAAACUAAAUACAGAUACUGUAAUAACAAACUAAAUACAGAUAUUGUAGUAACAAACUAAAUACAGACACUGUAGUAACAAACUAAAUACAGACACUGUAGUAACAAACUAAAUACAGAUACUGUAAUAACAAACUAAAUACAGACACUGUAGUAACAAACUAAAUACAGAUACUGUAGUAACAAACUAAAUACAGACACUGUAGUAACAAACUAAAUACAGAUACUGUAAUAACAAACUAAAUACAGACACUGUAGUAACAAACUAAAUACAGAUACUGUAGUAACAAACUAAAUACAGACACUGUAUAACAAACUAAAUACAGACACUGUAUAACAAACUAAAUACAGACACUGUAAUAACAAACUAAAUACAGAUACUGUAAUAACAAACUAAAUACAGACACUGUAUAACAAACUAAAUACGGACACUGUAAUAACAAACUAAAUACAGACACUGUAAUAACAAACUAAAUACGGAUACUGUAGUAACAAACUAAAUACGGAUACUGUAAUAACAAACUAAAUACGGAUACUGUAAUAACAAACUAAAUACAGACACUGUAAUAACAAACUAAAUACGGAUACUGUAAUAACAAACUAAAUACAGACACUGUAAUAACAAACUAAAUACAGAUACUGUAAUAACAAACUAAAUACAGACACUGUAAUAACAAACUAAAUACAGACACUGUAAUAACAAACUAAAUACAGAUACUGUAAUAACAAACUAAAUACGGACACUGUAAUAACAAACUAAAAGGCAGCAUAUAGUACAGCAGGGUUUCCCAAACUCACAACCCUGGCGUUGCAAGCGCCAUGCUCUACCAACUGAGCUACAGGAGGCCUGCUCAUCAUCUAGCUUUGAUUAUUUGAAUCCGCUGUGUAGUGCUAGGGCAAAAACCAAAACGUGCACCCAGGGCGGCCCCAGGACUGAGUUUGGGAAACCCUGCUCUAGAUCGCCAUGUCAUCAACUGAGCGGAUUCUAUUACUGGCUUCUUUUGAGUGCCGACAUUCAUCCUUCUCCUCCACUUCCUCUCUCCCUGCCUACUUGCUGUUUUCCAUCCAUCAUCUCUACUCCAUCUUUUUUCUGCCACCAUCUACUCUCUCUCCUCUUUCACCCUCUUCUCUCCCUCUCUCAUCCCUCCCUCCAUCUUCUAUCCCUCUCUCUCCUCUCCCUCCAUCUAUCCCUCUCUCUCUCUCUCCAGGAGAUAAAGCAGAAACAGAAGGCCCAGGAGGAGUUGAGCGCCCGCCCCCAGCCCCUCCCCCUUCCCGACGUGGUUCCUGACGGCGACCCUCACCACGGCAACUACGGAAUCCCCGCCCUCAACGGAGGCCAUGCCCCUCUGGGUCCCGCCAACCCUGCCCCCGGCCUCCAGCAGGCCAAUCGGAACCACGGACUGCUGGGCGGGGCCUUGGCCAACCUGUUUGUGAUUGUAGGGUUCGCUGCGUUUGCUUACACGGUGAAGUACGUGCUGCGGAGCAUCGCCCAGGAGUAAGAGAAGAGGAGGAGAGGAAGAGGAAGAGAGGAGAGGAAGAGAGGUCCAGCUACAGGACUAUAAUAUGAUUUAAACACACUAUUGAUAGAAAUUCAGAGCCAUCCGCCUGGAGGAUGGAUGGAUGGAUGGAUGGAUGGAUGGAGGAGCAGGUGGGGGUUUGGGGGGAAGGAAUGGGACAGGGUUGUUUUGUGGAAACGGUUGUUGAUCCACUCUGUGCUUUCGGUGGUUAUGACCUAAUACCCAGGUGUUAGAAGUGCUUGGCUCGUGGGUAGACCGCGGUGGGUUGACCGCUGGCUCAGAAUAGUUCAAGUAAUUGUUUUUUUUCUGCCCAAUUACUCUGAACCCACUGUGUUGUUGGUGUUCUGUGUGCUAGAUACAUUUAAAUCUAUUGUGUCGCCAUAUUGGUGGGUCCCUGUAAAAAAAGAAUAAUGUGUAAAUUGGAACCAUGUUUCCGUUCUGCCUGUUCCAGUUCUAAGAAGUAUGUCUUAAGUGGGGAUAGAUAGCCCUCUGUUGCCCAGGAAACAAGGUUCAGACUCACUCGGUAUGUGUUGCCCUUCUGUCCUGUGUCACCUGGGACAGGUAAGACAGACUCCACCCCCACAGGAAGGAGUCUGUGUGUAAUGUCAAUGUAACCCUGGCUUUUAAAGUAGGCUCAUCACAACAAGAGAAGCAGUUUUAUUCAGCCCCAAGGUUUUUGGAAUGAGUCCUGAGUCCUAGAUCAGCUGUCACUGUGUGUGUCGAGCCAAUCUGACAAGGCAGAUCUCUCUGCCCCAAAUGGCACCCUAUUCCCUAU